GAAAGAGGACGGUCGUUGUCUCUCUUGUUAGAACGGAAAAGAAAUCCAGUUGCCUAGACCGCUAGGCAACGCCUCUCAAUGGUACGCUUAGUCCAGUCAUUUGCAGAGCUCAUUGAUACGACCUCCAAAAAAAUUCCAUUUAUAGCCGGAAUAAUCUCUGCCGGCACUGGCUGUAGUGAUGGUUCUGUUGGAAUAUACACUCGAGUAGCCUCGUAUAUCGAUUGGAUAGAAUCUACUACGGGAGCAAAUUCGAGUCACGCUGAGUGUGCUCGAAACACAGAAUGCACCAAGUUUUACAAAGAGACGCCAAGUAACAUCCAGUAUCGAGUUUGUACUCCGAAAUUCCUCGCGAAACUUCUAAACGAAAAUGAUGGAGAUACACCUUUUUGUGGCGGUGCACUUAUAGAUUAUCGCCAUGUUAUCACUUCGGCUGAUUGCGUUAGUGGGUCUAACAAACCAACCCAUGUCAUCAUAUCAUUUGACAAAAUUGGUGUUUCAGAAGUUAUAAUUCAUCCCGAAUAUCAGCCCAAUGUGACAAAGCAUAAUUUAGCAUUGCUGGUAUUAGAAAAAUAUUUUGACAACAAAGAAAUCUUUAUCACAGCUUGUCUGUGGAAAGCACCUACAACACCGUCGGAGGACAUUUUAAUUUCAGCAACGGAACAGUCAUCGUUCGGCGAUAAGCGUUUAAUUAUUAAUACCACAACUGUGCAGCACAGUCAGUGUAAAGCUAAUAUAAUUUGUACCGAAAACAGACAAAAUGUGAUUCCAGAAGUUUGCAAGUAUAACAGUGGAGACCCGGUAACCAGUGUGUUUGACGAAUAUAUUCCAAUCAUUUACGGAGUCAACUCAAAGGGAAAUGGUUGUGGUGGAAAGGACAAUAUUUUCGAAAUAUCAUCGAUACCAUUCAACUAUGACUGGAUCGAAUCGAUUAUUAUCAAAGGCAGUCAGUUAAUCAAUUCGCAGAAAAAACAGAAUUUCAGAGGGUAUUUCCUCAACAGUACUUGUUCACCACCAACCGGUGGAAUCGGUCGUUGUAUUCCGGAUCAAAUGUGCCCUAAACUAAUUAAUGAUCAUCGACGAAAUUUGUCAAAAAUUAAAAUUUGCUUCUUCGAGGGCCACAGAGCUGUUUUUCGGUUAGAAAGAAAGAUUGGGUUCCUCAAAACGACAGAGAAACUUUUCGAAAUUCUCGUCAGCAAAUUGGGAAGUGUGGCAAGCCGCAAUUUGAAGGAGGAUACUGUAGCGAGGCCUACGGUACGCGCUGGUCCGGGCAACAAUCAAUCCGAAUCCCGACAGAGGACAGUGAAAGGUCAGCCAUGUGAUGUAGACGAUUUAGGCUACCUCAUGCUAAUGCACCUCACAAUCGCGGCGAAAUGCUUGCUGUUGCAAGUAUUUAAUGAUAUAUGGAUUCGUGACACCAUCCUUAAUGUGUGUAAGACUGUGACAUCUAGUGUCAGUGGCUAUAGAUCCAUAACGCUACUCAGCUGUGUGGAGAAAGUAAUGGAAAAGAUGGUUAACAGAAGACUGACUGAGGUGCUGGAAAGAGAGAAGCUCUUGGAUGAACGGUAG